GUAGGCCGCUAUGUCACGCGCAAGUUUGUUCCUCGUCUUGCUUGUUUUCUCUCCGUUUACAGGUGGACAAGGUAUGCGUGACGAGUGUCAAGCCGAACAGAUAAUUAACUGCACCGAGCAAAAGUUUUCACGUCUUGGAUUCACCAUUGCAUUACGACGAGCGGCACGGCGAGGCGCAGACGAAAUUCAAAAGGCCAUCUGCAGUGUGGAUAUCCAAGAGUGUACUUCUGGUCUCACUCACCAAGACUGCCCCGAGGACAUGAAGAUAGAUCUUGUGGUUACAGGAACCUUGAUAGCCGAAGGGUUUAACGCCCUCUGCGAGAACCAGGGAUUACUCCUGAAAGCGCUCCUGAACACUUACGAGUGCUGGAACAUUGAAGUGUUGAUCAGCUGCAUCGAGCAACUCUCACUGAUGACUGAGAGCUACGAGGCCUCGGAGCAGACAGAUCAAGAUUUGAAGUUGCUGAAAAACGAAUUGAACAGUUGUGCCACUCGUUCCAAGAUCAACAGCCAGGAGUGCGCCCAGGUCGACGUGAGUGCGAUGGAAAAACUGAUCCACAAUAUCAUCGGACGCAUAGUGCCAGAGUACAACUCCGCCCCCCAAGCCUGUUCGAGCGCAGCAACUCUUUUGUCUACUGUCCUGACUCUGGUCUUGACCAGGUGGAACUAGAGCCCUUUUCUCGUAUAAAGGAGUUUGAAUCAAUUUGUAAACCAUCAGUGAGUCUCACCUCCCCAUCAUGUCACGCUUUUGCUAUGCUGUAUUACAGAAUUCAUUUUACCUUCAAAUAAAGUUCCUUCAU